AUGACGUCGGAGCGUUCUCGAAUCCCGUGUCUCUCGGCUGCUGCUGCCGAAGGAACAGGGAAAAAGCAACAAGAAGGAAGAGCAAUGGCGACACUGGAUCGCAAAGUGCCCAGUCCGGAGGCGUUUCUGGGCAAACCCUGGUCCUCCUGGAUCGACGCCGCCAAAUUACACUGCUCCGACAAUGUAGAUUUAGAAGAGGCUGGAAAAGAGGGUGGAAAAAGCAGGGAGGUUAUGAGGCUUAAUAAAGAAGAUAUGCACUUGUUUGGCCACUACCCAGCACACGACGACUUCUACCUCGUGGUGUGCAGUGCCUGUAACCAGGUCGUCAAGCCGCAGGUCUUCCAGUCCCACUGCGAGAGAAGACACGGUUCAAUGUGUAGACCUUCUCCCUCUCCGGCGUCUCCACCCUCCAAUGCCCGGACAUCACUAGUACAGGUGAAAACGAAAGCCUGUCUCAGCGGCCAUACCUCUGCCAGCAGCUCCUCAAAGCCAUUCAAAACGCCCAAAGACAAUCUCCUAAGCUCCAACAGCAAGCAGCACACAAUCUUUUCAGCGAAGGGAUCAAGGGACAAAGCAUGUGUUCCGGUUCCCGUAGUCAGUUUAGAGAAAAUUCCUAACCUAGUGAAGGCAGAUGGUGCCAAUGUCAAAAUGAACUCUGCAACCACUACUGCGGUCACUUUCUGCUCCACCUCAUCCUCUGCCGUCUCCACCCCACCUGUCAUUAAGCCGGUCUUGAUGUCCAAGUCAGUGCCACCUUCCCCAGAGAAGAUCUUAAAUGGCAAAGGAAUUUUGUCUGCCACCAUAGACAAGAAACACCAAAAUGGCACCAAAAACAACAACAAGCCUUACAGGAGACUUUCAGAGAGAGAAUUUGACCCAAAUAAACACUGUGGAGUAUUGGAUCCCGAGACAAAGAAACCUUGCACAAGAUCCCUCACCUGCAAGACUCACUCCCUAAGCCAUCGGAGGGCAGUCCCAGGCCGGAAAAAGCAAUUUGACCUCCUUCUGGCGGAACACAAAGCCAAGUCCCGGGAAAAAGAAGUUAAAGAUAAAGAGCAUCUCCUGACUUCGGCAAGGGAAGUACUUCCAAACCCAUCCGGGCCAGCGCAGGACUCGCUGCCGGGAUCUUCAGGGAGCUUGGGCCCAGAACCUAAAGUCGCGUCCCCUGCAAAAUCCAGGCCACCUAACUCUGUGCUUCCUAGACCAUCAUCUGCAAAUAGCAUAAGCAGCAGUACAUCUUCAAAUCACAGUGGCUACACUCCGGAACCCCCUCUACCCCCAGUUGGAGGUGACCUCGCCAGCCGACUGUCAAGUGAUGAAGGGGAGAUGGACGGAGCCGACGAAUCCGAGAAGUUAUUAGACUGUCAUUUCUCCACCCACCACCCCAGACCUCUUGCGUUUUGCUCAUUUGGGAGUCGCCUCAUGGGCCGAGGGUACUAUGUGUUUGAUAGAAGAUGGGACCGUUUUCGAUUCGCACUAAACUCCAUGGUAGAAAAACACUUGAAUUCACAGAUGUGGAAGCACAGAAACCCGAGCCACAGGGCAUCAGGUCCCUCCCCCCUUUUCAGGACUUGUCUAACCAAUCUGCUGUCACUGAGCAACAUUGGGGCUGCCUGGGUGUCAACUCUGGAGAGCGUAGCACCCCGCUGCCCUCUCAACCUCACUGCCCAAACCCCAGGCCCCGACGGGCCCGAACCUGGAGGGAUGGCAGCCGAUGGGGGCGUGGAAGACAUUAGGAAGAAAAGGAACGGCCAAGACUCUUUUUUCUUUAACAAGCAUUUAACUCUGCAUCAGGAGACGCCAACACAGUAUUCUCUUUCAGCCAGGAAGAUCCCUCCUGCGGCAGAUAGCCCCAUGCCCUCGCCAGCAGCCCACAUCACCACCCCUGUUCCAGCAUCCGUUUUACAGCCUUUCAGCAACCCCAGUGCUGUGUAUCUUCCUUCAGCUCCCAUCAGCUCGAGACUCACCUCUUCUUACAUAAUGACAUCAGCCAUGCUCUCCAAUGCAGCUUUUGUGACAUCGCCGGACCCGAGCGCCCUCAUGUCACACACCACAGCUUUCCCUCAUGUGGCCGCAACCCUCAGCAUCAUGGACUCAACAUUCAAGGCCCCAUCUGCCGUGUCCCCGAUACCAGCUGUCAUCCCUUCCCCAUCCCACAAGCCAUCCAAAACCAAAACCAGCAAAUCCUCAAAAGUCAAAGACCUGUCCGCCCGUAGUGACGAGUCUCCAAGUAACAAAAAGAGGAAGCCGCCGUCUUCGACUUCCGCCUCUCCCUCCGUAUCCCUGCAGACAUCCCUCUCCCCAUUAUCAGGGCCCCACAAAAAGAACUGUGUUUUGAAUGCCAGUUCAGCUUUGAACUCCUAUCAGGCAGCCCCUCCCUAUAACAGUCUGUCUGUGCACAACUCAAACAACGGGGUGAGCCCACUCAGUGCCAAACUGGAGCCCUCAGGACGGACCUCGCUGCCCGGCGGCCCUACAGACUUAGUGAGACACAUGGGCUCGGGGGGCGGCAGCAGUGACUCCUGUCCCCUCUCUGUGCCCUCCCUUGCAGGGGACCUCUCUCUGGCCUCACACAAUGCCGUGUCUUCUCUGCCCCUCUCUUUUGACAAAUCAGAAGGAAAAAAGCGUAAGAACUCAAGUUCUAGUAGCAAAGCCUGUAAAAUCACUAAAAUGCCUGGAAUGAAUAGCGUUCACAGAAAGAACCCACCCAGCCUUCUUGCACCGGUGCCCGAUCCCGUUAACAGCACCUCCUCUCGGCAGGUUGGGAAAAAUAGCAGCCUAGCUUUGUCACAAUCCAGUCCUUCAAGCAUAUCCAGCCCAGGACACAGCCGACAGGUAAGUUACUGGCGGGCAGAAGUCCAUAGGCUCAUUAGCAGGGUGGAAAGAAUGUGGGCUUUGGGGUCAGACCCUGGUUCAAAUCUCACGUCCAGUUAAGAAAAUGGCUACCUGGCUUCUAACGCUAGGCCUUCUCGUAAUUAGCUGUGUGCCCUUGGGCAAGUUACUUAAUUUCUCUGUGCUUUAGUUUCCUCGCCUAUAAGAUGGGGGUCAUUAUGGCCCCUAUCUCAUAAGGCUUUUGUGAGGAUUAAAUUAAUUUAUAGACAUAAAGCCCCUGCAAAAUGCCUGAGACCUAACACAGGUAUUAGCUUUUACUGUUAGCAGCUGUAUGGUAUUAGGCAGAUCACUUCUCUGAGUCUCACUUUUUUCAUUUCUUAAAUGGCAGAAUCGAUGCCUACCUCCUAAGGUUAUUAUGAAAAUUAAAUAAGAUGCUGUUGACUAAAGGGCUUUGCUCAUGGCAGACACUGGUUAGCACUUUCUUGAGGCCUCUGGUGGGCUGUAGCUACCAUUCAGGAUGUGGUUUUCAUGGUGGGGACUAUUCAGGGUAGAUUUAGGAGUUUUUAUAAACUUGAGAUGUGAAAACAGUACAGAAGUGAUUUUCUCCAGUGGAGUGUGUGCACGUCUGGAGGAGGCCAGGGAGGGUAGGUGAGUAGGGUCGUGUGUGUUCUACAUGAUGGGAAAAAAAAUACAUAUAUGGCUGUUAUGUUGUCUUAGAAGUGCCACAGGUUUCGUAGAUACCAAAUUACAGUGUUUGGGUGAAGGUUCUAGGGAACGGUUUUGUGUCCUCAGAUCUCCACCACUUUGAAUCACUGUGGACCAUCUGUGCCAGAGCACCUGCAGCCCCUCCUCUGUGUAGGGUCGGGGAGGGAGGGCAAUCUGCCUGUUUACGGCGGGCCUCCUGCACGGGUUGCUGGGUGCACCUGGAGACUCCACUUCGACCCUUAGCAGGCACGUGUGCAGUCGCCCACAACUCCAGGCACACCUGCUGGGAACCCACAACACUAGCCGUCAGCCUAAGUGAACGUAGCCAUUUGUUGAGCCCUUCCUCUGUAGGCGCCGUGCUCUGCCCCUCACAUACGUUACAUACCUUUCAACCUUUUAACAACCUGGUCGGGUUGGGGACAAAUUGGUUAUCCUCGUUUUAUAGAUGAAGAUGAAGGAACUUGAACCAAAACCUGUGUAUCCAAAGCCUCUGUGCUUAACCCAGCACUAUACUUUUUCCUUAGGUAAUUCUCCAUGCUGUCUGUGAGUUAGUUAGGAAAACAUAGACUGAAAAACAAAAACAGAAAAAGAUUAAUUAUCCCGGUCGUCCCUCCUGGAGAGGAGCUCCGUGAAGCCACAGGAUUUGCCCCCUUGCUUUCCUUCACAGCUUGAAUCUCUGUGCCUACCUUCCAUUUACAGAGUUCUUUACUUCCAUCACCUCAUUUGCUCAUCACAGCUGGCUUUUGCCAAAUGCAGGAGGUGGGAUGGUAUCCUUUUCGUUAUAGAUGAGGAAACUGAGACUCCUUUCUUGAAUUCUUGUGGGUAAUCCCAAAUGUAUGUUUUGGAAACAAGCUUUUUCUUUUCUUUUCUUUCCUAGAAGACCACAAACAGAACGGGCAGGAUAAGGACUCUUCCAUAACAAGACUAUGAAGCCACUUCCAAACCAAUGCCUGGCCACGGGACCUCACCCCAGGAGGCCAAGGCCAGGGGAGGGAGGGGAGUGGGCAGUGGGGAAGAGUCUGUUUCCUGUGCCCUGCCUGUGGCUCUGGCCUUUCUUCUUCUUUUUUUAAUUGACCAAUUUUUAGUUUUGAGGAAAAAGAAAAAGGCAAAAAGAACGUGAAUUUGAGAUUUACAGAAAACAAUACCAGUGUUUUGUUUCCGUUCUUUAACUUGCCACGUGUAUACCUUCUUCCAAGUUUGGGGUCCCUCCUCUAGCUUCUGAUGCUGCUACUGCAUCAUUUUGCUCCGGCCACAAGAGCAGACAUUGUAGAAUGUCCGUUCCUGGUUGGCAUCGUCUGGAACUCUUGAACUUGAGCAUGUGCAGUGCUCCUUUCCUUGCCCUCUCCCAUCCUUCCCUUCUGUCCCCUCCUACCUGCCACUCUCUGGGUCCCCACUGACCAUCAGAGGUACGGGCUCUCAAAAGCUCCCUCUAGACAGUGUGCUGCAUCGGGGGGCGGUUACUGGGGAGCAGCCCAUGUUUGGGGAGCAGAGAGCUGGAGGGUGGGCGAGUGCCCUCAUCAGGUUUCUAGGACGCACCAGCACAGAGGAGGGAGAUGCAAAGUUGAGAACAGCAGCCAUUUAAUGAUGGGGCUUACUCAGUACCACUGUCCAGCUGUGCAGCUCGGAGAAUAUGUCCUGGGUUAGGGACAGGAGCAGGAAUGGACCCGGGAGGUGGCAGGAAGAAGGGCCUGGGGGUAGGAGAAGAUAUCCUCAAAAGAUGGUGGGAACUGGGUGACUGAUCAUCUGAGCGUGUUAGGAAUCCAUGCUGCAAAAUCCCUUCCAGGGCACCAUGUACAAGGGCGCAAAGCUGGGCGAGUCACAGGGGGAGGAAUCCCAGGGAAAAGGGCACAAGACCUCAGGAAGCCACUCAGGAAGAGGCACAGUGCCCACCGCUGUGGAAGGUCUCAAGCUGCCCUCCGGGGCGCUGCCAGAGGAGAAAAAGCAGAACCGGAAGGAAAGGCCUGAGGGAAAGCUGCCAUGGAGGGUUAAUUGCCAAACAGCUGGUGAUUGGUGAGAAUAAUUACUAGCAUUGCCCAGCCACCUCCAUGCCCUGGGCCAGAGGGCUCCGUGGACUCAGCACACCCAUAGAUCAGCUCAUGCUAGGUUGUCAGAGGCCACCACUCCGAUACAGCCAACCCAGGAAGGAGUGGUAAGACCACUGCUUAUGGAGAAGAGCCAUUUGGAAGAUCCGGAAGGGAGAAGCUGGAGGCCUGCAGCUAUAAAACUGUUCACACUGGAGUUUUGAAAGAAACCAAUACCAUAAGCUCUAAUUGGGAAUCAUAGUCAAGAAAGGAAUUCACCAUAUAAAAUAAGUGUUCUGUGCUAUGAAUCAUGUAACUUUGUAUACAGUAUAAUGGCAGAGAUACCAGGAGGUUUUGCUUCAUCCCUAAGUCAGAAAUGAAUGCCAGUUUUGCAGCUGGACAUAAACCCUCAUCCCCACCCUGAAGUUUUCCUUUUCUUUCCCAUUCCCCCCAAACCCAAGGAUCAGACUACUGUUAAAUUUCACCGUAUGAUUGGAUUUUGCGAAGACGGGAGGCAGACGGAGUGAUUUGCAUCAAUGGAAUUGCACUGACAGUGUUUCUUAAUAGGAUUACUAAAAUUUUUAAUAUAAAAUGAAGAUUUUUUUAAAAAUCAGGAGUUGAUAUUAGGUACUAGGACAUUAGUUCGGAUGAUUUCAUUUUUAUUUCUACAGUGUUAAAAGUGCACUUAUAUGCUGGUUUAUUUCCAUCUUGGGAAAAAGAGACUGCAAAUUGAAGGGAAGAUUGUUACUUUUUCUUUUUUUUUUUUAAAAAAGGUUAAGGCAGAUUUUAAGACAUAAAUGUUUAAGAAAUUAUAAACAAGGUUAGACCCUUCGAAAAAAAAGUUUAGAAGAUAUUCUUAAAGUAAAUUUUUAUAGUGUUAAUUUUGUAAUAAUUUAUGUUUUACUAUAUUACAGAGCUAACUGACCAGAAUAGUUUCAGAAACAAUAUGAAACUUAGGAAAGUUGAAGCAACGUUUAUAUUUUUAAAAUGUUCUUUGAAUUAUGUUUUUAUUGUACAUUUCUUCAGACUGAAAAGUAUGUACAUAUCUUUGUUAUUUUUGCACAAUUUUCGUCUUGUUCGGUUUUAGAAGUCUGGUUUUUUUUUAUAAUUUAUUUUGAGUUGUAAUACUUGCAGGAGUAAAAACAAAAAAAAAUCUCAGCAACAAAAUAACCCUCUGAUUUAUAAACUCUUACACUCAAAGAAGGAAAACAAAAGUUGAGAGAUUAAGUGGCUGCUUCUGAGAAAUAAUGUCUCAACAGGGACUAAAGGAGCAAUUCAAUGGAUUUUAAACGUUUUAGCUCUCUACAUCUUGAAUUGCAAGCUGGAAUAAAGAGGCUCCCCACCGAAUGCUGCUUACUUGGUGAAAGACUGGCUCUGACCAAGGUGAGGACAUUUCUGGAAAACUGAGCAAAAAGGGAAAACCCACGGUGUUUCUUCCUUCACAGUCAACUACAGGUUUACUUUAUAAUGAUGUAUUCAGAACUCACAGCUUGAAAAAUGGAAUGCAAAUAAAAGGUUUUCUUUCGGUUUGUUUGAAUGGAGUUCAACUGGACCAGCCUAUAAAGCAUUAUUAGGGGGAUAUCGUUUGGGUACUUCUGCACACCCCACCUAGCCCUCUCUCCCAGCCCCUUGACUGCACACACCCCCAUCUGCCUGAAGAUCUCGUGACUUGUCGCCAGCCAUAGAGGCUCGAAAGCUCUGGUUGUUAAAGCGUAACACAAUGCAUAGACCUGUCAGCCAUAAAAAAAAAAAAAAAAAAAAAAGCGACCUGGAUAACUUGUAUGCCUUCUUUUGUAUCAAUGUACCAAUUGUAAAUAAUGCUGAUCAACCUUUGUAGAGAAUAGUUUAUACAGCAUAUUCUAUUAUUGCUGAUUCUCAGUGAACUCUUGUUUUAAAAAAGGAAAAAAAGAAAUUUUCUAUUUACACCUUCUAUUUUGUUAUGCUGUCGGCCCAUGGCACUUUAACAAAACUCUGUGGGUUUUACGUAGCUGGUCAGUCAUGGGGUAUACUCAAUAACUGUUGUUGCACAGACGAGAAUUUGCACCUGCUCAUUUGUCCUUUCCUACUACCGAUUUUAGAACCUUUUCCAGAAGAAUUUUGAAGAAAGCAUGUCCAAACAUUCUAAACAAAUGCCACACUUGUGGAGUGGGUUUCUUUUCUACAAUCCAUAUUUUGUAACACUAAGUAUUUUCCUUCUUUGUGCUGCACCUUUAUGUAUUAGCACUAUCAGAUAGAAUUCAUUCCAUGCCUGUGAUAUUGUAAGCAGAAUAAAUGUCUAAAGUAGGUGUAAAUAGUAAAUCCUAUGGCUUACAGUUUUAAAAAGGAAAGAACAAACAUGUAUCUAUUGAUACUGCCGUGGUUCAGCACAAGGUCUGGAGACAUUCUCCAGUGAG